UUCAUUGAGCUCAAAGCUUAGUGGCUUCACAGUGGUAGUGGUGGUUAGGCGUAAUAGGCUUGCAAAUUCCUUUCUUUCUUUCUUUCUUUCUUUCUUUCUUUCUUUCUUUCUUUCUUUCUUUCUUUCUUUCUUUCAGCUCCUCACUUUUGAACUAUCCUUGAUCAGUGGCGGCAAUGACAGCUUUUCCAAAGUGAGAACAGCGAUGUGUUGGUGUUCAGACACAUUGAAAAGACACUUCCAAGAACUUGGUGAAAGAAAGACGAUUCACUAGUAUCGUGAAUGACAGACGUGUCUGUGAAUUAAGGGUUUCCAGAGCACUUAUAAUUUGAGCUGAAUGGACCAGUUCUUCAGUCUUGAUGCCCUUUCCGGGGAUGACAACUGCCCUUGACAUCUUUUCAGACCUGGAAAUUUCUCUGUAUGAAAAUAGAUUAGUUUUCUUGCAGUUUAAUUAGGAACAGAGGCUCCCACAGGGUGAGGGAACCACUGGCUGCUACAACUAUGGAGAUAAUCUGUCUACUGCUGGAAAUGUCUCCAGACUUUUGACAACGGCUAAACAACCAUGGGGUCCAGCGGCCUCGGGAAAGCAGCGACGCUAGAUGAACUGCUCAGCACGUGCAUUGAGAUGUUUGAUGACAACGGAGAGUUGAAUGACAGCUAUUUGCCAAGAAUAGUUCUGCUGAUGCACCGAUGGUAUUUAUCUUCCACCGAACUGGCAGAAAAACUCCUCUGCAUGUAUCAGAAUGCCAGGGGAGAAGGCUGUGACGAAUUCCGACUGAAGGUCUGCUAUUUCAUGAGGUAUUGGAUUCUGAAAUUCCCUGCCGAGUUUAAUUUGGAUCUUGGUUUGAUUCGUAUGACUGAGGAGUUCCGGGAAGUCGCUAGCCAACUAGGCUAUGAAAAGCACCUCAGCCUCAUGGACAUAUCCAGCGUCCCUUCCUAUGACUGGAUGAGGAGAGUCACGCAGAGGAAAAAAGUAUCGAAAAAGGGGAAGGCUUGUCUCUUAUUUGACCAUCUGGAGCCCAUUGAGUUGGCCGAGCACCUCACUUUUCUGGAGCAUAAAUCUUUUCGAAGGAUCUCAUUCACCGAUUACCAGAGCUACGUCAUCCAUGGCUGCUUGGAGAAUAACCCAACUUUGGAGCGAUCUAUUGCUUUAUUUAAUGGAAUCUCUAAGUGGGUCCAGCUGAUGGUUCUCAGCAAACCAAGUCCCCAGCAAAGGGCAGAAGUCAUCACCAAGUUCAUCAAUGUAGCACAGAAACUCCUUCAGCUAAAAAAUUUUAACACCUUGAUGGCAGUGGUUGGCGGCCUUAGUCAUAGCUCCAUUUCCCGACUCAAAGAGACCCAUUCUCACCUCUCUUCAGAGGUUACAAAGAACUGGAAUGAAAUGACAGAGUUGGUCUCUUCCAAUGGCAAUUAUUGCAAUUACCGCAAGGCCUUCGCCGACUGUGAUGGCUUCAAAAUCCCCAUCCUUGGCGUGCACUUGAAAGACUUGAUAGCUGUCCAUGUCAUCUUCCCAGACUGGAUGGAAGAGAACAAAGUGAACAUCGUGAAAAUGCACCAGCUCUCCGUUACCCUGAGUGAACUGGUCUCCCUGCAGAAUGCCUCUCACCACUUAGAACCUAACAUGGAUUUGAUCAACCUGCUCACUCUUUCUCUGGACCUCUAUCACACUGAAGAUGAUAUUUACAAACUGUCGCUGGUGCUGGAGCCUAGAAAUUCCAAAUCGCAACCUACCUCCCCCACAACGCCCAACAAGCCUGUGGUGCCCCUUGAGUGGGCUUCAGGGGUGAUACCAAAGCCAGACCCCACCAUCAUCAACAAACACAUAAGGAAGUUGGUGGAGUCUGUGUUUCGAAAUUACGAUCAUGAUCACGAUGGCUACAUCUCCCAAGAGGACUUUGAGAGCAUAGCUGCCAAUUUCCCCUUCCUGGAUUCCUUCUGUGUGCUAGACAAAGACCAGGAUGGCCUAAUUAGCAAAGAUGAAAUGAUGGCCUAUUUUCUGAGAGCUAAAUCCCAGCUACACUGCAAAAUGGGACCAGGAUUUAUCCAUAAUUUUCAGGAGAUGAAUUAUCUCAAGCCGACCUUCUGUGAACACUGUGCGGGAUUUCUCUGGGGCAUAAUCAAACAAGGCUACAAAUGCAAAGACUGUGGAGCCAACUGUCACAAACAGUGCAAAGACCUCUUGGUUCUGGCCUGCAGGAGACUUGCCCGGGCACCUUCGCUGGGCAGCAAUCCUGGGUCACUGCCUGGAAGCCCAGCCUUGCCCCCAGUGCAGGAUGAAGUGUUUGAGUUUCCUGGGGUCACUGCCGGACACCGGGACCUGGAUAGCAGAGCCAUCACACUGGUCACGGGCUCUUCUCGUAAAAUCUCCGUGAGGCUACAGCGAGCCACCACUAGUCAAGCUACCCAGACAGAACCUGUGUGGUCAGAGGCUGGCUGGGGAGACUCGGGGUCCCACACAUUCCCCAAAAUGAAAUCCAAGUUCCAUGACAAAGCAACUAAGGACAAAGGCUUUGCCAAGUGGGAAAACGAGAAGCCCAUGGCACAGGCUGGUGUGGAUGUUGUAGACCGAGGCACCGCAUUUGAACCUGACCAGGAUGAAGGGCAAGAUGAAGCCAAACAGGAUGGUGAGGAUGGCUGAGAUCAAGCUGGGGAUACUAAAGGCAAUCAUGUCAGCUUUGGGGAAAAGAAAAGCUGCGGGAAGCACUUCCAGCUCUGGGAGUGGUCUGGAAAAGAGAUGCGCACAUGUUCACGGCCUCCUGUCAUCCUGGGAUCUCCAUGACUGGACCACAGGAGAGAGGAUUUAUCCCGACUCUGAACUAUUUAUUUCCCACGCUCUGCCCCUGCUGAGAUGCCACAAACACUGUUAUGUAGUGGGCAGUUUCUCACACCUCUCCAGAGCCGUUUAUACACUGGGAAGGCAAGCUCCGGCGCAUGUGUGUGAUAUCCGUUCUCUAAAUUCAAAACUUGGCCCUUUUGGAUAACGUUAUUUUUAUAAAUCGGUGUGUGUGUGUGUGUAUGGGGUGUUUCAUAAGGCGUUGAGACUGAGCUCCUUUUGCGUACCUUUUAGAUGGGACUGGGACUUGAAGUUUCGCUGAGAGACAAAGGCGUUUUUUCAGACUCUGGAAAGUAGUGAUUCCUCCGAUGCCAGUUAGCUGUGCGCUAUUUCGAGUGUCUUCCCACACAGUGGCUGUGGUGUGUAAUGCCACAUGUGUGUAUUGCCUAGGUCUCACCAAUCCUGCCUCACUAAGGAGAAUCACAGCCCCCAAGCUCCCCUAGUAGUCAUACUAGCUACAGUGGAAAAAAAAUUAUAUGCCUGGACACCUAAUUGUGUUCCCAAUCUUUCUGAGGAUUCCCAAAAUAGAAUGUUAAUUACAAAAUCAAAUCAAGUUCCAAGGGAUAAAAUUUAGUAGAAAACAAAACCAAAAACCAACCAACAAAAAACAAGCAAAAAACCCCUCUGAAUUUCUAGGUGAAAAGGAGAACAACCAGUUUGGAAAGCCAAAAGCAACCUGAAGACUUUUGUUUUAGAUAACUUCAGGAUGCAAAAGGUAACUUCAUUUCUUCUUAAUAAAUUCUCACCCACAGUUAAAAGAAUAUUCACAGAAAGAAAACUUACCAUAAGCCUCAACUAUGGAUUGAUAUUCUAGUUAUGAGUUUAAAAUAUUAAUAAUUUAGAUGUCUUCCUUUGGAUGUGUAUCUAUGAUAGUGGUUCCUGAUGCUCUGAGAUGGAGACAAAGCUGAGAUGGGGUUACACACCUCUCUCUUUCUGCUUGGCGCAAGGGUAGGACGACCCUCAAGUCUGCGGUCAGCCUAGGAAACUUAGCAAGAUUCUGUCUAAGAAAAAUUGAGGUGUUGAGUCUGUCACUGAGGGGACCAUCUGAUGCCCACUGACCAGUCUUUCUCAGAAGUACCCUGGUCUACACUGGAGGGCUACUGUGUAUGUAUCUGAGGUAAAAACUAACCGGUGGUUCUGCUCUGGUCCUUAGAGACCGGGAGCAUGAGGACAUGAAAGCUAAGUGGUUCUGGUAUCUUUACGUACCGUGUGGGUGCUGGGAACUGAACCCCGGUCCUCUGGAAGAGCAGUCAGUGCUCUUAACCACUGAACUAUCUCUCCAGCCCCAGUUCCAGGGUCUUCAAACUUUGGCAGAGCUGAUGUAGUGUGCUCCAGCGGCUCUGGAAUGGGAAAGAAUCUGGACUGGGGAUACUGAAGAGUAAGUCAAGUCAUUAAUAGGAGCUGAGAUUAAGCUGGAAAUGAACUGACUUACCAGUGUCAAGCACCUCGGAGGGCAGAGCUGUCGGGUCUGUGUAUAUACACUAUCUGUUGCUAGUCAUACAUACAGCUAAAUGCAUGUUAACAAAUUAAAGCAGAAAAUGGUAACUUAAGUACAGGAAACCCUUCUGGAGAAAAGAUCAGACAGAAACCUGUUAAUGAAGGUUGGACUUUUUAUAUUUCUUUUCAGAGGAGUUAGUUCACUUGCCAUUUGGCUUGGAUAUUUAAGAGUUUUCAUAUACAUAAGGAAUUUUGUAUUUCCAGUCUUCCCAUGAUAAGGAACCAAAAUGUACCUUUAAUGAAAAAUAAACACAAGCAAAAAAAAAAUACUCCGUGUGUUGCAUGUGUGUAUGUAGCAUGUGUAUGCCUGUGCACUGUGCAAACAUGAGGGCUAUUAGUGCACUGAAGAGGAACUGUAGUCCAUAAAGAACUGCUUCACAAUUCUGAUUAUACUGUUGACUUACAACCAGUAGUGACUUUAAUGAUGACUUCAUCAGUU